AACGUGAAGUCCAUCAUGGCGAAGUUCAGCCCUUCCAACAACCCAGCCAAGGAAGUUCACAACCGGCAAGUCAAAGUGGCGGGGCAAUCGUCGCUGGCAACGAAAGCUGCAUUUGAGAAGUUUUCUCAUUUGGAAAAUGCUGGCCCACCUGCCAGAGCCAGCACCCUUCAGAAGUCUCCAUCUUUUAAACCUCCUUUGGGCCUAAAACCUCUUCACGACACGCCAGACAAGGAACCGAAGCCGCCCCCUCUGAAAAGCAGCCCUGCGGCCAACAAGUUUGCAGCGCUAGCGCAGGCGGCUAGCAGAGAAGCCAACGAAAAGGCAGGCUUCCCUAAGCCUUUGGGUCCCAAACCUACUGAAAUCCUAAAAGAGGACUGCAAGCAGGUGUUUCCAAAGGCUCCUGACAAUAGGCUGCCCGGCUCGACACUGCCCACAAAAAACGAUCUCAGGCUUCCAGGACCGAAGCCGAACUUUAAAUCGGAACUGCAAGAAGCGGAGUCCAAACCCGUGUUCCAAAAGCUAGCAGGGGUUAAAGAAACAUUUAUCGCUGCGUCGCAAGAAAACGACCCCAAACCCCUUUUUCCAAAGGCUGUUCUGAAGCAAAGGUUUUCUUUAGCUCCUCAUCCUGCCAGCAACGAAGAGACUGCCAACAAAAACGCGUGUUUGAAUCAGGCCCCUCCGGCCUUCCUGGGCCCCAAACCAAAAGCCCACUCAUUUAAAUCACCCAAGGAUGCUGAAGAAAAGAAUGCCAGCGGUGCCGAAUUCAGUCCCACGCCGGCCCGUUUCCCGGUCACUUUGAAACCCGUCAGCAACCACAACAACCUGCCUCAAGGUCUCCCAAAAUCUUAUGGACCGCAGAAUGAAGAAAUUAGGCCGAGCGUCGCCAAGGACGUUUUCAGAAGCAAUCAAGGGGACUCGGGGUCACCUUCUGCUCCCGCUAAAUUCGGGCCUUCCAGAGUGGCUACCUUGGGGCCUUGGGCCAAUAACCACGAGAAAGACGAGAAGGAGAAGACUCUGCCCGGCCCCAAACGAAAGGCAAUACCUCCACAGUUCAAAUUGGGCCCAGCCCCAGCCAAGCCUAGCAGACCUCCGGUGGUGGACCUGGCAAGAUUUCGGAAGGAUCACAAAGACGGUUCCAAAGAAUCCCAUUCAGUGCCUUUACCCUCUUCACUGCCACCACCCAUUCCUGCCACACAGAUGACUUCACCACCGCCACCGCCGCCACCACCUUCAGCUUCCCACCCAUCAACACAAGCUCCAGUUCUCCCUCCAAGAAAUAUCAAACCCAGGUCUGACGCCAGAAACUCAGAAAAUGAAGAAAACUAUGAUGAUGUUGACAUUACUGAUGGUCCUGGAAAUACAGAUGAGAGUUUGAACAGCGACGGGGAGGUGUAUGAAGACGUAGAUGCGAGACAUAAUGAAAGGAAAAAGGAGAAGGAAGAAAAGAAAAAAACCGAUCAAGAGAAGAAAGAACAAAAAGAGAAAGAGAAAAAAGAGCAGGAAGUGAGGAAGAAGUUCAAACUAGUGGGUCCCAUUGAAGUCAUUCACCAGGCCAGAGCUUGCACUGAUUUCAAAGGAGGCAAGAAUGAACUGACUUUCAAACAAGGGGACAACAUUGAAAUCAUCCGUAUUACUGACAAUCCUGAGGGGAAAUGGCUGGGAAGAACAAGAGGCACCUAUGGCUACAUUAAAACCACCAUGGUGGAAAUUGACUAUGAUUCCUUGAAAAGAAAGCCACGACCUUCUAUCAGCAUUCAGCCAAAGCAGCCAGACAGCGACCAAGAAGUGUAUGAUGAUGUUGGGGACCAGGACAGUGGUGGCAGUGGCGGUCAAAGUGCCACAGUGGUGACAUUCCCGCCUCCUCCUCCCCCUGAUGAAAUUUAUGAUGGGGUUGAUGAUGACGACGUGCCAGCAAGGUCUGUGUCACAGGGUGAAGAUAAGAGUGACUCCUGGCCCCGGGGCCUAUUGAAGAUUAUAAAGGGAAAAGAUUACCAUAAGAAAAGUGUGCAAGAGACAACAUCUAAAGUCAAUGUGAACGAAGAUAAUGAAGGUCCCCUCAGCUCUCCUUUAGCAAACAAAACUGGAAAGGAUUCUGGAGACAGUGAUGUCUACGAUGAUGUAGAGCCAUCUGAUUUUCCUCCGCCCCCCAAAAUAAUCAGCCAAGGGAUAAAUAUAAAACCCCUGAACUUUGGGAAAAGCAAAUCAGAGGAGCGAGACUCACAGAAAGCGAAGAGGAUGGAGAAAGAGGAGAAAGAAUUCAGAAAGAAGUUUAAAUUUGAAGGCGACAUUCGAGUGCUGUACACGACAACCAUCAUGCAAGCAUCCUCUCCAAAGAAAAAAGCUUCCAAAGACUUACUGGUGAAACCCGGAGACUCUGUUGAUGUUAUAAAAAACAUAGACAAUACUAAAGUCCUGUGUAGGAACGAAGAAGGAAAAUAUGGCUAUGUUCUCAGAAGCUGCUUAGUGGAUGAUGAUGAUGAUAUUUACGACGAUAUCGCUGAAGACUGUAUAUAUGACAACGAUUAGCUGAGAUUUUCUUCCAAC